AUGCUCGUGAUGGGACUACCGUGGCUGGUAACGUUGGAACUUGUCCUGUACGCGGGGUGUUUCAUCUGCGGGAUAAUAGCUGCGGCCUCAGUGACUAUCACUCAGGGUCACUUUGCUGGACAGUGCAUCCUCUAUGGCAGUAUCCACUACAACACUUCAAGCCAUUUCUUAACAGUAGAAAUCUCCAGUUCUCCCUCACUCUGCUAUUUUGUGUCAGCCAUCUCAGUGUGUGUGGCCAUUUACUGCUUCUCCCUCAUUUUCUUCUGGAUCUAUGCAGGCUGUGUGGAUGAAGAAGUGAAAAGGGGGAGAAUGUGGCUGAAUGUAUCUUUAGGGAUGUGCGGACUCCUUAUGUUUUUACUCUUGGUGUCAGGGUGUAUUGUCAGAAUUGGCAGAGACAGCCUGUGUCUCUCUGCUCUCCACAAUGUUCCCUCUAUAAGCAGUUGUGAAGACGCACAGAAUGAGACAUGGGCCAGUCCCUAUACCGGGAAUGAGUUUUACUCAGGACUGCACAGCUCUGAGAGGUCUGUGUGGGUGAGCAUCUUCUUCUGGCUGCUGAUCAUGGCUGUGGUGAUGGUGCAGAGACGCCAGGUUGUGGGGGAGAACACCAUGUGGAGCCAUGCUGAGACUGAGCCCUUCUUCCGUCGUCCAGCCCGCAACCUGUGACCCUCCCAUGCCCAUUACUACAUCAUGUGCCAUAGUUAUUAAGGACUGACUUGAAACUUGAAACUUGGCUAGUUGAGAGGUCCAUCAGAUCAGUGAAGUGGCAGUUUCUAUAGUUACUCCCUUCAUCUGAAUAUAAGGUACAGAUUUUCUGGAA